AGGCUCGGGCGUCCACGGCGCCCCCCCCCCAACACACACGCACACCCCUCCGGCUUUUUCUUUUUCUCUUUUUCUUUUCUUUUCUUUUCUUUCUUCCUUUUUUUAUUUUUUAUUUUGGAGAGCUCGGCGUCCCCAGGCCGGCGGCGGCUGGGGGGGGGAGGGGACUUGAGGGGACCCCUGGAUCCCCACCCCCCCCUGCCCGGCCGCCCCUGCCCCAUCCCUCCCUUCCCCUCUUCCCAACCCUCGGCACCCGGGGAAGAUGUCUUCGCGGACGGCGCUGGCCCCAGGCAACGAUCGGAGCUCGGACGCGCAUGGCACUUUGGGCAGUGGCCGUUCAUCAGACAAAGGACCAUCCUGGUCAAGCCGUUCCCUGGGUGCCCGUUGCCGGAACUCCAUCGCCUCCUGCCCCGAGGAGCAGCCCCACGUGGGAAAUUACCGCCUGCUGAGGACCAUUGGGAAGGGCAACUUCGCCAAGGUCAAGCUGGCCCGGCACAUCCUCACUGGCCGGGAGGUUGCCAUCAAAAUCAUUGAUAAGACCCAACUGAACCCCAGCAGCCUGCAGAAGCUGUUCCGAGAAGUUCGCAUCAUGAAGGGUCUCAACCACCCCAACAUCGUGAAGCUCUUCGAGGUAAUCGAGACUGAGAAGACACUGUACCUGGUGAUGGAAUAUGCAAGUGCUGGGGAAGUGUUUGACUACCUCGUGUCGCACGGCCGCAUGAAGGAGAAGGAGGCCAGGGCCAAGUUCCGACAGAUUGUGUCAGCUGUCCACUACUGUCACCAGAAGAACAUUGUACACAGGGAUCUGAAGGCCGAGAACCUGUUGCUGGACGCCGAGGCCAACAUCAAAAUCGCCGACUUUGGCUUCAGCAAUGAGUUCACGCUGGGCUCCAAGCUGGACACGUUCUGCGGGAGUCCCCCUUACGCCGCGCCCGAGCUCUUCCAGGGCAAGAAGUACGACGGGCCGGAGGUGGACAUAUGGAGCCUGGGAGUCAUCCUCUAUACCCUCGUCAGCGGCUCCCUGCCCUUCGACGGGCACAACCUCAAGGAGCUGCGGGAGCGAGUCCUCAGAGGAAAGUACCGGGUCCCUUUCUACAUGUCAACAGACUGUGAAAGCAUCCUGCGGAGAUUCUUGGUGCUGAACCCUGCAAAGCGCUGUACUCUAGAGCAAAUCAUGAAAGAUAAAUGGAUCAACAUCGGGUAUGAGGGUGAGGAGCUGAAGCCGUACACGGAGCCCGAAGAGGACUUCGGGGACACCAAGCGAAUCGAGGUCAUGGUGGGCAUGGGCUACACGCGGGAAGAAAUCAAAGAGGCCUUGACCAGCCACAAGUACAAUGAAGUGACCGCCACCUACCUCCUGCUGGGCAGGAAGACUGAGGAAGGUGGGGAGCGGGGCGCCCCGGGGCUGGCCCUGGCUCGGGUGCGGGCGCCCAGCGACACCGCCAAUGGGACGAGCUGCAGCAAGAGCAGUGCCCACAGCAAAGGGCAGCGGAGCUCAUCCACUUACCAUCGCCAGCGGAGGCACAGCGACUUCUGUGGCCCGUCCCCUGCCCCACCGCACCCAAAGCGCAGUCCAACCAGCACGGGGGAGACGGAGCUCAAGGAGGAGCGGCUCCCGAGCAGGAAGGCGAGCUGCAGUGCGGCGGGCAGCGGAAGUCGCGGGCUGCCCCCCUCCAGCCCCAUGGUCAGCAGCGCCCACAACCCUAACAAGGCAGAGAUCCCCGAGCGCAGGAAGGACAGCGCGAGCACGCCCAACAACCUCCCCCCCAGCAUGAUGACCCGCCGGAAUACCUACGUCUGCACAGAGCGCCCGGGUGCUGAGCGCCCCUCCUUGUUACCAAACGGCAAAGAAAACAGCUCGGGUACCCCACGGGUGCCCCCUGCCUCCCCCUCCAGUCACAGCCUGGCUCCCCCAUCUGGGGAACGGAGCCGUCUGGCACGGGGCUCCACCAUCCGCAGCACCUUCCACGGCGGCCAGGUCCGGGACCGCCGGGCAGGGGGCGGGAGUGGCGGGGGGGUGCAGAAUGGGCCCCCCGCCUCCCCCACGCUGGCCCAUGAGGCUGCGCCCCUGCCCUCCGGACGGCCUCGCCCCACCACCAACCUCUUCACCAAGCUAACCUCCAAACUGACCCGAAGGGUCGCAGACGAACCUGAGAGAAUCGGGGGACCUGAGGUCACAAGUUGCCAUGUACCUUGGGAUCAAGCGGAAACCGCCCCCCGGCUGCUCCGAUUCCCCUGGAGUGUGAAGCUGACCAGCUCGCGUCCACCCGAGGCCCUGAUGGCAGGUCUGCGACAGGCCACCGCGGCCGCCCGCUGCCGGUGCCGACAACCACAGCCGUUCCUGCUGGCCUGCCUGCACGGGGGUGCGGGCGGGCCCGAGCCCCUGUCCCAUUUCGAAGUGGAGGUGUGCCAGCUGCCCAGGCCGGGCCUGCGGGGGGUCCUCUUCCGGCGUGUGGCGGGCACCGCCCUGGCCUUUCGCACCCUUGUCACCCGCAUCUCCAACGACCUCGAGCUCUGAGCCACCAAGCACCGCCGCCGCCGCCGCCGCCACGGUCCCCCGGACCCCUUCCUCUUCCUCUCCCCUGGCUCCCUUCACUUCCACGAGAGGGGAAGGGGACAGAGGCAGGGAGUCCCCAUGUCGUCACCUCUCUUUACCCCGGAUUCGAUUGGUGGACAGACACAUGGUCCCCUCUGCUAUUCCCCAGGGGACACAGGGCAUGAGGAAAGCAUCAGGAGUCCCAGUAGGGGGAGCUGGCAUCCUCCUGGAACCUUUAGUGGGUUCUGUUCAACACCCCCCCCCAACUGCCCUGCCAGUGGGCACCCUAGGAGACUGUGGGGGCAGGAAACAGAAGCGACUCUCCCAUUCCUCCCAACAGCUCAAGAAUGAGGCCUCGGGCAGGGGCAGAAGUGGGGGGAGCUGCUUAAAGACUGAAGAGGCCGUGGGAGUAGGGAUCCCGGGUAGAUUCCUUGCCCUCCCCGCCCCACGUGCUCGAACCCUCCUCCCGCCCCAGGCUGGCGCGGGGCACUUUGUACCGAUCCCUGUAAAUAGUCCCCUCCCCUCUGCAGAGGUCUCGGGGAGCGGCCUGCCGUCACCUCCGGUUUUUAAGUUAUUGUCCCCGCCCUUCUGUCCGCCCCUUACUUGCAGCCUGUUGCCCAAUAAACGUAGGAGAGCCCCCUCCCCCGCCCCAGCCAGUGUGGGCUUUUGCUUCCCUGCCCCGGCGCACAGGAGAGCCGGGCAGCGGGGACCUGGGGGGCCUGGUGGUUUUCUCAUCUGCAGAAUGGGAGCAGUGGGGUGGGGGAGCUCAGCGUGAUGGUCGCGGGUGGAGCGGAACUCAGCCUUAUCUGCGAGGCCCCGGGACCUCUGUCAAGCCACCCACGCGGCCACUUGUCCUCCCCCCCUGCCGUAUCACACUGGACUCAAAGCCUCUUCCUACUCCAGUAAUAACAUGUAUUCAAUAAACAGUCAUUGGCCGGUGCCGACUCUA